CACCCAUCCCCUCCACGCUUUCUCUAUUAACGAGCCCCUCCCCCCCAUCCCCAUCCCACCACACGAAAUUAAAAUCCCACGGAAAUCGGAGACCCGAAUCCCUCGCCCCCAGGCCCCGAAUCCUACCCGAAACCUCCGAGCUCGCUCGCCAUUUGGAUCCGCCUCACCGCCGCCGCCCGCCCGCCCGUCCGCCGGUCGGCCUUGACUGCUCCUCCGCACGCGGCGCGGAAUCUACCUUGGGCUGGGAGAUCCGGGGAAACCCUUGUUCCCGGGCGUUCCGGGCUCGAAUCUUGCUGCGGACGGGCAAUGUGAGCGCUCCCCGUCGGAGGGGGACGAUCUGCGGUGCGGUUGUUGGCCGGGUGAAUCGUGCGGCGGGGCUGCGGGAAUGGAGCACGUGGUUGGAGCGAGGUUUAAGCUUGGGAAGAAGAUAGGGAGCGGAUCUUUCGGGGAGCUCUAUCUCGGCGUCAACAUACAGAACGGCGAGGAGGUGGCUAUCAAGUUGGAAUCUGUGAAAUCAAGGCAUCCUCAGCUUAUUUAUGAAUCGAAAAUAUACAUGUUUCUCCAUGGAGGAACUGGAAUUCCUAAUUUGAAAUAUUUUGGAGUGGAGGGUGAUUACAAUGUCAUGGUCAUUGAUCUUCUUGGUCCAAGUCUCGAAGACUUGUUCAACUACUGCAACAGAAAGUUCUCUCUUAAAACAGUACUUAUGCUAGCUGAUCAGAUGAUAGCCAGGGUAGAGUAUAUGCACACGAGAGGGUUUCUUCAUCGUGAUAUCAAGCCAGACAACUUCCUCAUGGGCUUAGGCUGUAAAGCAAGUCAGGUUUAUGUCAUUGACUAUGGCCUUGCGAAGAAGUAUCGAGACCUCCAUACUCAUAGACACAUACCAUACAGGGAGGACAAAAACCUCACAGGAACAGCACGAUAUGCUAGUGUAAACACCCAUCUUGGAGUAGAACAAAGCAGGAGAGACGACUUAGAGUCUCUUGGUUAUGUGCUGAUGUACUUCUUAAGAGGAAGCCUUCCCUGGCAAGGCCUGAAAGCUGGAACGAAAAAACAAAAGUAUGACAAAAUUAGUGAGAAGAAAAUGCUAACCUCAAUUGAGGCCCUUUGUAAAUCUUAUCCAUCAGAAUUCAUUACAUACUUCCAUUAUUGCCGCUCUUUGCGAUUUGAAGAUAAGCCAGACUAUAGCUAUUUGAAGAAAAUCUUCCGGGAUUUAUUCAUCCGUGAAGGUUACCAGCCUGAUUAUGUAUUUGAUUGGACUGUAUCAAGGCAAGCUGCGGACAAUAACAGAUUGCGACUGAGCGGGAAGACAGGUGGGUUGGUGGGACCAUCUGUGGAUCGGGCUGAACGAGCUGCAGCAAGACAUGAUGUUGCGGAAAGAUUCACUGGUCCAGCUGAUGCAUUUACUAGAAGAACUGGCUCUGGUUCUGGUCAUUAUGGAGAACACACAAAGCACAGAACUCUGUUGGAUUCUCUUAUGGCAUCCAAGAUGGCUGUUGAUUCAGAUAAAAGAAGGCAUUCAUCAUCUCGGAAUGGAAGCACAUCAAGGAAGGCUCUUCUGUCAAGCAGCCGAGGUUCUGGAGAUCCCAGUGAUCCAAAUCGCAGUAGCCACCUAGUCCCGACCACUACUAGCAGCAGCCGUCCAUCGACUAAUCAAAGGCUUCACCAGUCAACUGGACUUGAGGGCAGGACCUCAUCAUUUCCAAAAGCUGGAAGAAUCGGCCAUGAUGAUCCUACUAUGAGGAGUAUUGGACGCCUUACUAUUAGCGCAGAGAGGAGGAAAUGAAUCUUUGGAAGAGCAAAAGAUCUGAGCUCCUCCCACUGGCGAGUAUACUGAUUCACAGAAUAUCCAUUCGGUUCCAGAUGUACUGAUGAGCAAGUUAAAUGAUUCUGUGCUGUGCAUGAUGCUGAGCUCUGCACAUAUGAGCGGUGCUCGUCGAAUCUUGGCACAGAUGAUUUGAGUUCUGUACAUUCGUUUAACUCUUCUUCCAAACGAUUAGCGAAGCAUUUUACACCCUGUUAUGAGGGACCGGGGAUCGGCUGCAAUGUUUAAGCCGUGAUGGUUCAAAAUGAUGUUGACUCUAAUACUUAUAUAAUGACAAUGAAAUAAAAAAUAGUUCGCUAGGCUAGCAUUACCUUUAAUGUA